UAGAAAGAAGAGAGGAAGAAGAAGAAAAAGCGGAGGUGGAGGAGGAGAAACAGGAGGAAGAAAGGUAUCGCGUAGCCACAGAGAGUGCGCACAGUUCACCGUGUACUCGGCAUGGACCGUCAGUACACCCUCUGCGUACUCGUACCGGCACAUCAGUACCGUAACUACGUGAAUAAUUAUCAUCAUCAUCAGCAGCAGCAGCAGCUAGCGCAGGAGCAGCAACACAGAAGUUCGCAGCCUCCAUCGUAUCUUCAGUAUCAACAACAACAGCGCUUAAUUCAGCAGCCGCAGCAGCAGCAGCAGCAGCAACAAGAACAAAUCUACGAGAACGUGGUGUCUCAGUAUCGUAUGAAAAUGUGCUAUCAUAAUGAUUACGAAAACGACGAGCAGAUACAGAGGUUCUACUGGGAGCAGUGUUACAAACGCAACGUUACCGACACUACGGCGUAUUAUUACUGCGAAUACGUAAGGAUUUUACACUUUGCGCAGGAUUUUACUCGUAAGAAAUAUCUUGAGAAUACUCGUCGAUUUCGCCAAUCGAUAAUCCCGUGGUCGCUUCUUCUUUUCUGAGAACGCGGAAAUUGUGUGCUUUCA